CAUUUUUCUCUCCUUCUCCUCCUCCUCACUCCUCAGCGUCCUUUUUCCUUCCACUCUCUCUCUUCAGGUUUUCCUUGCAUUUACCUUCAAAUCCAUCACCAUGUCUGACGAGGUACGUUAUGCCAGCAUUACUAUGCUCUGAUUGCCGACACCCAAUCCGGCAUCUUCCAUUGUUGCAUCACUGCAACUGCUGGGCUUCUGGGCUCCUGGGCUCCUGGGCUUCUGGAAGCCUUGCUUGCAUCGUGCACACCUUUCCCACCCCCACCUAUAUGUCCAUUUGUUCCUGCAGGCAAUGCAUGAUAUCUUCCGUCUCUUGAUUAUACAUGGUCGCCGUCAUGCCUAUCAUUGAUCUAUUAUUGACUGACCGCCGUUCUACAGCACCACGAGACCUUCGAGUCCGCCGAUGCCGGCGCCUCGACCACCUACCCCAUGCAGUGCUCUGCUCUGCGCAAGAACGGUCACGUUGUCAUCAAGGGUCGCCCCUGCAAGAUCGUCGACAUGUCCACCUCCAAGACUGGCAAGCACGGUCACGCCAAGGUCCACCUUGUCGCCCUUGACAUCUUCACCGGCAAGAAGUACGAGGAUCUGUCUCCCUCCACCCACAACAUGGACGUCCCCAACGUCUACCGCAAGGAAUACCAGCUCCUCGACGUCACUGACGACGGCUUCCUUUCCCUGAUGGAUGAGGAUGGAAGCACCAAGGAUGAUGUCAAGCUCCCCGAGGGUGAGAUUGGUGACAAGAUCGAGCGCAUGUUCAGAGAGGAGGAGAAGGACUGCAACGUCACUGUCCUCACCUCCAUGGGUGAGCAGUGCUGCAUGGAUGUCAAGGAGGCUCCCCAGGGCAAAUAAACGCCUUAAUCGUGUUCACGGAUCUUGUGACUGCCCUGUCAGCUUUUCUGUGCUCCAAAAUGGCCUUGCUGUCUUCGCCCAUGUGUCAGGUCGGAUAAGACACAUGGUCACGUUACGACAU